AGCGCGUGGCGGUGGAGCGAGGCCCAGGGCAGGAUGGUGGACAGCGUGUACCGGACCCGCUCCCUGGGAGUGGCGGCAGAAGGGAUCCCGGACCAGUACGCAGACGGGGAGGCGGCUCGCGUGUGGCAGCUCUACAUCGGGGACACCCGCAGCCGCACCGCCGAGUACAAGACGUGGCUCCUGGGGCUGCUUCGCCAGCACGGCUGCCAGCGGGUGCUGGAUGUGGCCUGCGGCACCGGGGUGGACUCCAUCAUGCUGGUGGAAGAGGGCUUCAGUGUGACAAGCGUGGAUGCCAGUGACAAGAUGCUGAAGUACGCACUUAAAGAGCGCUGGAACCGGCGGCAAGAGCCUGCCUUCGACAAGUGGGUCAUUGAAGAAGCCAACUGGAUGACUCUGGACAAAGACGUGCCCCCGCCGGCAGGAGGUGGCUUUGAUGCUGUCAUCUGCCUUGGCAACAGUUUUGCCCACUUGCCAGACUGUAAAGGUGACCAGAGUGAGCACCGUCUGGCACUAAAGAACAUCGCAAGCAUGGUGAGGCCUGGGGGCCUGCUGGUCAUCGAUCAUCGAAACUACGACCACAUCCUCAGCACGGGCUGCGCACCGCCAGGGAAAAACAUCUACUACAAGAGUGACCUGACCAAGGACAUCACGACGUCAGUGCUGACAGUGAACAAUAAAGCCCACAUGGUAACCCUGGACUACACAGUGCAUGUGCCAGCUGCUGACCGAGGUGGCUCUCCUGGCUUCAGCAAGUUCCGGCUCUCUUACUACCCACACUGUUUGGCGUCCUUCACGGAGUUGCUCCGAGCGGCCUUUGGGGGCAAGUGUCAGCACAGCGUCCUGGGUGACUUCAAGCCUUACAAGCCAGGCCAGGCCUACAUUCCCUGCUAUUUCAUCCAUGUGCUCAAGAGGGCAGAGUGAAUGUGGCCUUGGCUCCUACAACACUCUGCUGAAGCAACGGCAGGCUCUGGGGUGUGGGAACUUCAUGGCCUCACCCCAGGCCCCACCCAGUGCAGAUCCUGCGGCUAGGUGCAGUGAUGUGGGGUCAGGCCAACAGGGAAUAACAAUAUAGUCUGUGCCUUUUUCAAGUUC